UAUCCAACCAUAUUAUAAUUUUCUUCACUCUCUUUGAAUCUUUCUUUCCUCUCUAAUUCCUUUUUCAUCAUUAUAUCUUCCUGUCUACGUGAAGAAACAGGAGAAGAAUAAACAACAAAAACUUAAUGUCUGCAACGAAGCAUUUCCCAUGAUACAAUAUUCUUUUCUUUUCCCUUUUGAAACUUGUUCUUCUUCUUCUUCUUCUCAGAUCCCAACUUGAGUCUUACAAAAUCUAUAUAUUUUUCACCAGUCUCAUCAAACAAUCGUCUUCUGAAAAUGCAGAUUCUCAGAUGUGUGUUUAAGCUUCUACUGGUAUAUGCUGUUGUUGAUGUGUUGUCAGUGACAGCAUCUGAGUCAAGCUCAGAGAUAAAGAUAUGCUCAGAGGAAGAUAGGGCUGCUCUUGUUGAUUUCAAGGCUAAAAUCUUCAAAGACACCACGGAUAUUCUUUCUUCAUGGGUAGGCAGGGAUUGCUGUGGAGGAGACUGGGAGGGAGUGCAGUGUAAUCCAGUUACAGGGAGAGUUACAGAACUGGUGUUGCAGAGACCGGAAAGAGACGGUGAGUUUUACAUGAAGGGUACUUUGUCUCCUUCUUUGGCCAAUCUGCGUUAUUUGGAGGUAAUGGUGAUAAGUGGAAUGAAGCAUAUUACAGGUCCAAUUCCGGAGAGUUUCUCUAAUCUCAUUCACCUAACUCAGCUUGUUCUUGAAGAGAAUUCCCUUCAAGGAACCAUCCCUUCAGGUUUAGGUCACCUGUCCUUACUCCGAACUCUCUCACUGGGUGGUAACCAUUUGAAGGGCGAAAUUCCACCAAGUUUAGGAAGUACGAAAAAUCUUCUUCAGAUAAAUUUAGCAAGAAAUUCCCUGACAGGUCCUAUCCCACCAACUUUGAAAAAUCUCCUUGCUCUCCAGUCUCUUGAUCUUAGCUUUAAUUUCUUAUCUGGGUUGAUUCCAGGAUUUGUGGGCAACUUUAAAAACCUCACCUUUCUCGAUCUUUCCGAUAACCAAUUCUCAGGACAUUUACCCUCCUCCUUGUUCAGUUUGCCCAAUCUUCUGGACUUGUCACUGAGCCAUAACAAGCUCACUGGAACAAUCCCAGAUCAGAUUGGUGAUCUCAAAUCCCUUACCAGUCUCUCACUGAGUCAUAACUGGUUUAUGGGUUAUAUUCCUUCAUCUAUUUCAAGGUUGCAGAAGCUCUGGUCUCUUAAUUUGUCGAGAAAUGGUUUCUCAGAUCCUUUACCAGUCAUCUUAGGCCGGGGAAUCCCUUCUUUGUUGUCAAUUGACCUGUCUUACAACAAUUUGAGUUUAGGGAUAGUUCCCAAAUGGAUCAAAGACAAGCCCCUUUCAGAAGUCAAUCUAGCUGGUUGUAAACUCAGAGGACCUCUCCCAAAGUUUACAAGACCAGAUUCUUUGACUUCCAUAGACCUCUCUGAUAACUUGCUAACAGGUGGCAUUUCUACUUUCUUCACAAACAUGUCUAGUUUGCAGAAGCUCAACCUCUCGAAUAAUCAACUAAGAUUUGAUCUUUCAGAACUCAAGUUGCCUGAAGGUAUUUCUUCCAUUGAUCUACACUCAAAUCAACUUGUUGGGUCCCUCUCAAGCAUCUUAAACAACAGAACAAGCAGCUUUUUGGAGGUCUUUGACGUAUCAAAGAAUCAAAUUUCAGAUAAAAUCCCAGAAUUCUCUGAAGGCUUGAGUUUGAAAGUGUUGAACAUAGGAAGCAACAAGGUUGCAGGUCAAAUCCCCAGUUCUAUAUCAAACCUUGUUGGACUUGAGAGGUUAAUUGUCUCCAGGAACCAUCUAACAGGCACCAUUCCUACAAGGUUAGGGCUAUUGGCAAAGCUUAAAUGGCUUGACCUGUCCAUAAAUAAUCUCACAGGAAAAAUCCCAAAUAGCCUAUUGGGGAUUGAAGCUCUAAGACAUGCAAGCUUCAGAGCAAACCUAUUGUGUGGAGAGAUCCCACAGGGAAGACCAUUUAACAUCUUCCCUGCAGUUGCAUAUGCUCAUAAUCUUUGCUUAUGUGGCAAACCUUUGCCACCUUGUAGGGUAAAGAAACAAGAGAUGGGCCAGUGAUAUGCUGACUCAACCAGUAACAUGCUCAUGUCAUAUGGGCAUUUUCAUAUUGGAGAAGAUGGUAUUGCUUCUGCCCUAUAGUAGUUAUUAGUCCAUUUAUUCAUUAAUAAAAUGUAAUCAUGGAUAAGACAUUGUUUCAAAUACAGUGUAGGAAUACAUGUUUAAUUUACCAUUGAAAUCAAGUAGGAAAUGUAGAAUGC